CUUAUCAGAUAUAUGGCUUGUUCAGAGGACUUUCUAUGUAGUAUUUGAAACUUCGUUCUGAAUGGAAAUUCUUGACCAUCUAUUAUGGUAUUAAAUGUCACAUUUGCUAUGCUCUCAUGUAAUAUCUCAGUACGUUUCCAAUUGGAAUGAAAGGCUAAAGGUCGUGUGAUAUCUCUUUUAAUUCUCAUUAGCUCGUUGUCCGCAAGAGUGACACAUUGAGGCAUUGAUUAUGCCAUUGCAAAUCAGGAGGUUCCAAAUAAUGCUCAAGAUUUACCUCUACUGGUGAAGCAGUAUCGCCCUUCCGAUCACGUUUUUGCUCUAAAUGUAUUGAUGUUGUUCUGAUUGAGCUGCGAAUUGAUGCAAUCCGUUGACUGAUUGCAAACCAUGUGAUCUGUAAAAUCCAGAUAUGCAGACGCCAUUGUGAUUCCUCAAUGCUAGCACGUCAUGGUCCUUAUGAUUUCUGUCAAGAACGCUUGUCAGAGCGGGUGGUUUACGGAGAAAGAUACCGAAGAACUUUGUAAUCUUGCAAAUGAGAUUUCUAGCUGCUUCUGCAGUACAUUAGAUUUUAAAACUGAACCAAGCAGUUCUCUGACAAUUAUUUCGACAAUAAUGUCAAGAUUUUAUCCACGGCUGAAAAUGGGUCAGAUAAUUUGUUUCCUCGAAGCCAAGCCUGGAUUUGGUGCCUUCGUGAAUGAUUUCCAAAUAACGAAGAAUACAAAGCUUUCUAAAGGAGAGAAAGCAAGAUUAUUUGUUGCACAAUUAGAUAAUCUGGAGACCUCACUAUGUCUUAUAACGCCUCCUCAAGUGAGCUUUCUCCUAAAUGGGACGGCAGUGGGAAAGAGGAAUAUUGAGUUAAUGGACCCUGGACCUCAGCCUCCAACUCCUGUAUCGCAAAUGCUUAAAUUUGGAACGAAUCUUCUUCAAGCUGUGGGCCAAUUUAAUGGAAAUUAUGUCAUAGCUGUCGCCUUCAUGAGUGAGAUCUCUACCCCUGUCGAGGCCACGCUCCCUGAUUAUGAGCAGCCUCCUGUUUCUUCUGUUGAUCCAGAUUCUGAGAUUAUUGAGGGGCCAUCAAGAAUUUCUCUGAAUUGCCCCGUAAGCUUCAGACAUAUUAAAACUCCAGUGAAAGGACAUUCUUGCAAACAUCUUCAGCAUUCUCUUGCUCCUCUUCAACCAUCUCAACAGGUUGUUGGCCAUCAAACUCCAAACCUGAGAACACCCUACUCAAUGAGCCAGUCUCAAGGCCUGACCCAACAAUCUACUUGGGAUAGAUGGGAAGCACUGAAGAGAAGAAGUUCACCAGUUGGUGUUGCUCAGGCAACAGGUUUUGCUGGCAGACAACACGCCCGGAUUGUUGCUACUCAGCAAACCACACAGGUGGUGAGGCCUGUUCAGACUCCUAGAACUCCAUCUCCACUCCCAGGGAAUGCUGACGGGCUUUGGACACCAUUGUCCCGGGACCACAGGGGAAAUAAGGGAGGCACAACACCAGUCACAAGGUCAGAUAGUCCCAGGGAUUCCCUACUAGAUCCAAACUGGCGCCCUACAGGCCGUAUGCGUGGAAGCCUUUCAGGACGAGCUUAUUCUGAAGCACUGAAUCAGUACAUACAUAAGCCAACACAGCAAGCUCAAGUUCCCAGACCAUCUAUUCCACCUAAUAUGCCACCCCAACUGGAAGUCCUUUUGGCUAAUCGAAUCGCGCAUACCCAGGCAGCGAAUCAUCCAUCCACCACACCAGCCAAUGCAUACGAUAUCUCGGGCCUUUUACCUGAGCUUUCUUCAGGAAUGCAGUAGAACUAGAGCAGGUCCGUGGGAAACGGCCUAGGGAUCAACACUCAUCGCUUCGCCAUGAUUUUUGAGUUCAG